AUGUCUCGUGAACAACCCUCUCCUUCUCCGAUCUCCCAAAACGACGCCGAUACUCCUCUAAACGACCUCGUACAGACACAAAAGCCCCCAGUUAACAGGAGCAAUCGGCCGUCGCGAGCUUGUACAAUACGGGCGGCGGCCAGGCUGCAGCAGCAGCAGCAGGCGGUGAUCGAGCGGAAGCAGAAGCCGAAGAAACAUGAACAGCAACAGCAGUUAGAUGAGUUUUCGGUGCAGCAGAAAGAGCAAUGCAGUGGUGGAAGUAGCAAGAUCGUGACGCAGCUGGUGGCGCCUCCGGAGCCGGCACAGUUGCCGAGGUGGAGCCUCCGCUCCAUGUGGGAAUUAGCUUCAGUACUCAAUUUUUUAAAUGUAUUUAGGCAUCUAUUGAAUAUACGAGUUGAGUUUUCAGCUGAGGAGUUUGAGACAGCUUUGAUUACACCUAAUGAUACUUUGGGGGAUAUACAUAUGCCUUUGUUAAAGUUUGAUGAAAUCAUUGAUUUUGGAGGUUGCUUGAUUCUCACUAAUGCAGACCUGAUUUGCAUGAUUCUGAAAAAACUAUCUGUUGUAUCUUGUUUAGUCAUCUUAUUUGACAAUGGAAACUUUUCCUUAGUGCAACAUGAUCAUAUUUAUGUUCUUCCUGAUGGAAAACCAGCUCAUAUUGCAUUUGAUGCAAUCCCUCCUAUUACCAGAAUGGCCCUUACACGCGAUACCUGGAUUACUGUUUUGUGCAGAAAAUUAAGAGACUGGUGGCACUGGGUUGCAGAUGGGGAACUUCCCUUAGUUGCUUCGCAUGGGGUGGAGGUUGAAGUGUAUAAAACACUCGAUCCUGGGGUCCGUGUGGUGAUACUGAAAGCACUAUGUGACAUUCGUGUUGAGCAAGAAGAUAUACGGAAUUACAUUGAUAACUCCCUCAAGCAUGGCAUUCAACUUUCAUUGUUUCGCAAGGAACGUAUUGGGGGUGAUUCACAAGGAAUUAAUUACUGGUAUGAAGAUGAUCCACUGAUUGGUCAAAGGUUAUACCGGGAAAUAAGAAAAACUGAGGUGAAGGCUAAAGCGAAGGCAAAGGGAUCUCAGAUCAUACCUAACGUAACAUACCUGUGGGAGACAGUUGCAACUAAUUUCGAAGAAUUUCAAGAUGUUUCUGAGAAGCUCUUUACUAGUAAAAAUAGAACAGAGGCCUCGUUGGGGAAGAAAUUAAAGAAUGACAUGCUUCCUGAGAUUGAGAAGGUUUACAAGAGGAAAGAGAGGUUGCUGAAAAAGCAACACAGGCAGGCUCUACUUCUUGAUAAUUUCUUGAACAUGGAUGGACUUGCACCCGGGCGUUCUCUCCGUGAUAGGAAGCCUGUCACUUAUACUUUUGAUGAUUACGAUCGGUCAAUCAGCGAGGCUAUCAAAAUAACAAAGCGUAAACCACCAUCUCCUGAACCUGUUCACAGAAGAGAAGGCUUUGCUAAACCUGAAGCUUCUACAAAUGGUAAAUGGAGUGGUCCUUCACACACAUCACAGGAUGGCGCUUUCAGUGCCGCAUCUCCUAAUUCUCUUGAGUAUGAUGAUGACAUGGACGAAGACCAUAAAUCUGAAACAUUGGAUCGGAGCAACAGGCGAAGACAGAGGCCUCAACGGUAUUCAGCAAAAGAGUUUGUUGAGGCAGUUUCUGAUAAUGAAGCAGACUUUGACAGUGAUGAUGAUAUAGUUGGAGAAGCUGUCUAUGAUGAUGAAUACUUGAGGAAACGUAAGGAGAAGAGGCUAUCUAGCAGCUCUGAAGGGGAUGAAGAGUAUCAGUGGGAUGAUGAAAAUGGUGAAGAGGAGGAAGAAGAUGAAGAAGAGGAUUCCUUAAGCAUCAGUGAGGAUAGUGAGGAGCCCCAAAAAUUCAAGAAAUUGCCAGGCCGUACACGCAGGGAGGCAAAAUUAAGGUCAGUUGAUGAAAUCCAGUCAGGUCUAAGACGCAGUAGAAGGGCCACUCGAAACCAGAUUAAUUACCGACAAUAUGAGUUGUCCGAGUCAGAAACAGAGUCAAUGAAAUGCGAGAAAUCAAAUGCAUCAGAUGAGCCCUCAGAUGCAAGUGAGAAUGCAGAGUUUUCAGCUGGAAGUCAAAGUCAAGAUUCUGAUGGCAAUGAGAAUGAACAAGAUAUGAAAGUUGAUCAGCCUGUUGAAGGUGACACCGUGACAGAACAGAAAGAGCAAAAUCAGCCUCCUGAGAAAUCAAAUAGCCCAGUCCAAGAUGAAGUUGAGGGUGGAAGGAAAAGGCGUUUCCUCGAUCUCAAUGAACUUGCGCCAGGUUCUGGUUUUGAUGAUGGUCUGAACACAGUAAUGAAAGAUGAAGAUAGAAAUGAUUUUUGA